AUGAAUUCUGGAACGACAAAACGUCGGCAGCUGCCGAAACUAUACGCCUGUGCGACUAAGUUAAGUUUGGAGAAUUUGCGAAACAAGGCACUGUUUGGUUUGGAUCUUCUUGAUGCUAAGGGUAUAAGAAGAAUAAAAGUACCUCUUCACGAAUGCAUUAUUCUCGAGUUAAGAGAAUCAGGUUACGCAGAGUCUUCCUCCUAUUUACAAGAUCUCAUUUAUGACAAUGUACAAUUGUUGGAAGAAGAUGAACUCGGAAUUGUGGUCGAUCUAAGAAAACGGCCCGAUUAUUUGAACCAUAUAUAUCCGAUUUUACAGAGAGCCGAAAGGGAACACGAUAAAGGUGACUCCAAAAAGGAAACAUUACAUCUACUUGGUCUAGCACUAUUCUUUGCCGAUAGAGAAAAGGGCAUAUUAUGGCUUGCAGAGAAAUUGUUUUUGGCGGCCAUAGCCGUCGCCAGUCAAUAUUUAAUCGACGGUGGCCGCCAAAAAGCUUGCUGUAAAUACCGUUACGCAAAAUUUCUUCUAGACAAAUUUCCAGCUAUUGAUGAGGAGCCAUUUAACAUAUUAACUGAGGUCAGAGAUACAUCGAUUGGGAAGGAUUGGCUGUUGCAUGAAGAUACCGAGCCCGAUAUAAAUCCAAAAGAAACAGUUUUCCGUGUCACUGCCAUUCAGCUGCAUAGAGUUCUUAUUAAUAAUGCUAGAAAAUAUCGGCCCACCGACGCUGCUAAGGCGGAAAGACUUUCUCGUUUAGCCGAGAGGAGGGCAAAAGAUGCUGAAGAUACUGAUAAGGAAGCAGAAGCUAUAAUUGAAAUAGGCAUUUGCCAGUUGGUAAUGAAUAAUUUGAACAGUGCUCAGAAAACUUUCGAGCGAGCAUUGCAAAUACACCAGAAAAGUAAUAACAUAGAAGGAUUAUGUGAAACGAAAAUGCAUCUAGCAGCCGUGAUGCAAAGGUUGGGUGCGCAUGAAAUCGCAGCAAAACUACUAACAGAAAUGGGAAUGCUGGCAAUGGAUAACGGACUGAGAAGGCAACUCGGUCGGGCUUUGCAUUUACUCGGAGAAUUACAUCUUCGCAGAGAAAAACCUGAGCUUGGCACUCAACAUUUAACUGAAGCUUUUAUGUGUUUCAUGGGUUUUGGUUUCAAUGUAAUAAAGUCCGAACUGGAAGCACCUCAAGCAGAGGGUCCGGAAAAAAACUCCAAAAUAUUGUCAGCGAUAUGCUCCCCUGAAACUUCUGAAAUAUUUGAAGAGGAAGCGGAACAGUCAAGACUUAUGGCAGCUAUUUCUGCUGGUCAAGAGUUGAUGGCAUCCUAUUUCAAUUUAUUGAGAGAAUCUAGGACUUGUGCUAUUGCUAAAAUGAAAACUAUCGAAUGGAAACUAGAUAAACGUGGCUGGUGGAAUUUCAGACGAGAUCAUAAUUAUCUACCAUGCCCAUGUCCAGCUCACAAUCGUACUCCUUUGGAUGUAUUGAGGAUAAAACAACAGGAAGAGAAGGAGGCUACGAUUGUUUCUACAUUGGACAUGCAUGAUGAUGUUGGAAGAAUGGUUUCCGCUCAAGAUAUAAUGAAACUUCGUAGCAGUUAUCUUGCAGGGUUCACUUAA